AUGAGAUUAAUUGGAGAUGGCGGCCAACCAGCAAAAUCUGGUCUUGAUAUUUCAAGGUCCUUGGUUAAGUAUCAUUUUAACUAUAAGAAAAUUGGAUUAUCCAAAUAUUUGUUGUUUUAUAAAAAUGGUGAGUGGUGGAAUUAUCCUGAAGAUGUUAAUGGCUUGGUUAAGAAAGAUUUUGAAAUAAAAAAAGGAAACUAUGGAGAACCCAAUAUCUUAGACGAACGGGAGGACGAGGAAAGUCAUGGAACAGAAGAGACAUAUGAACUUAAAUUACAUUUAUCAAUUCAUCUCAACGGGGCUGAUGAAUCCAAAUUGAGGGAGAAUAUUGGGGAGUCUAAUGCUUUAGCUACGGAUGUAGAUGAUCAUGAUCAUAAUCAUGAUACCACUAACAGUGGGAAAUGGAAACAUUGGCCAACUGCUAACCAAGACAUAUACAAAGAUUUAGAUGCUUGUAUUGAACCUGGAUAUGGAAUUUUGGAUGUGGAUUUUUUACAUAAAAUAUUUCUCACAGGAAUGACUACUUUCAAGGAUAAUGAAGGGGACACCGUUGAUAUUUACCGCAACUCAGACAUCUUAGUGCAAGUGUGA